AUGAAUGAAAUUCCAGGUGGAUCGGUCAAGGGCAUAUGUUGCCGCCCAGAACGUCAUAUCUUAUCCGUAUUCGAUCUUACAAAAUGGUGCCGCUCAAAGGCUUAUAUGGAAUAUAUGGCAAUGGUAAAUGAACUGAAUGAUGCUGUGAAAGGUGUUUUGUCGACGGAAGAUAUCCCUAUGAGUCCGAAAGUUAUGGAUGCAAUUGACAUUUUGGAUGAACUCCAGAAAUGGACAUUAGAAUAUCCACCAGAAGAUAUAGGAGCACAACGUUUUGGUAAUGUUGCUUUUCGUAAAUGGCAUCAGCGUCUGACAGAGGAAGCCGACGAUAUAAUUUAUGGCCUUUUAACUGCAGAAAGAAAGAACUUUGUAAUGGAAUUAGUUCCAUACUUUUUGGAUUCAUUCGGUAAUGCAACGCGAAUCGAUUAUGGAUCAGGGCAUGAAGCCUCCUUUCUGAUAUUUAUGCUUUGCCUUCGCAAACUGGGUGUAUUUGUGCCAGCAGACAAUCGCUCACUUGUGCUACGAUUAUUUCUGAAAUACAUACGAUUGAUACGGUGUCUUCAAACUACUUAUAGAAUGGAACCAGCUGGAAGUCGGGGCGUUCAUGCACUAGAUGACUUUCAGUUCAUGCCUUUUCUUUGGGGCAGCUCUCAGCUUAUCGGAAAUAAACGAUUGAUACCAGAGUCUUACUUGAAACCUGACAUUGUCGAAAUACAUGCUUCAAAGAACUUAUUUUUUGAUGCUGUCCAGUACAUCAAUAACACAAAAAAUGGUCCUUUUCAUGAGCAUUCAAAUCAGUUAUGGAAUAUUAGCGCCGUGCAAACCUGGGAAAGAGUCAAUUCUGGCAUGUUUAAGAUGUACGAAGCUGAGGUCCUCAAAAAAUUUCCAGUCGUGCAACACUUUCAGUUUGGAUCUUUGUUUUCAAUAGAACCGAUGAAAGAAAUGAACGAUCCAAACUUAAUUGAUGCGGAUAAUGGUAAUGUUAUCACAGGAUCUCCAACUUCUAAAUGUUAA